CAUAGCCCCAAAAGAAGUGAAAAUACACUGUGACAGACAGGAAUAAGGGAGAGAGAGAGAACAUAUUUUACAUACUCACAGUCAUUUCUCUGCAGAAAAAGCAAAAGCAAGCACACACAGAGUCAAAAAUCUCAUCCUUUUUUUCUCAUCUGCCUGCCUGCUGUAUGUAAUCUUCGAAACAAGGAAUAAGAAUCCUUCUUUACUCGAGUUUCCGGUUCCUGAAGGAACAAAAUAUUCAUGUUUUGCCCUUUCGUGGAGGAAUGAAUAUCCUGUUAACUUACCUUUUCUGGUUCUCUUGUUUAUCGGCUAAUUCCAUCAAUUGUACGUCAUAACCAUAUCUUCUUGCUUCUCGGCAGACUAAUCUCAAUGAACAGAGAAUAGUACAUUGAUGAUAAACGGUUAUAAUUCGCCAUGGAGAGAAUCCCCAAUUCACAUUCCCACCCAAGACAAUUCCACUUUGUCCCCAAGGUAACAAAAACUCAUCCCAUAAUAUUCAAAGAAGAUAUCCUAAAACCAUUCAAACCAAAAGCUCCCUUCGAGUUAAACCUGCACGCACCUCCUCAACCAUGGAAAGGUAAGAAAUUCCUACAAGAAGACGAGGAUGAAGAAGAAGAACACAUGCCCGAUGUCCUCUCAUUCAAAAUAAGCCAAGACUCGUUCGAAGAAAUCGGUUCAACCUCGUUCCACGGUGUUAGCCACCCUCCCGAACCCACAGACACCGCCUUUCUAAAACCUGUCUAUGUCCCAAUUAAAAAUCAUAGCCCGUUAUCACUUAAGGACUCGCCAGCUGUCUUAUCCCCAUUCGCCGAGGAAAAAGUGUGCGUGUGGGAUUCGUCCUUACCCGCGAGCGGCAACGUGAGCCCACUCAGCAGCAGCAUCGACAGCGCUGGCAUGGCACGGACCAUGAGCAUUGCCAAUAGCUGCGCCAGCACGUAUAAAAGUGACGGGAUAAUGAGUGAUGAUAAAAACUAUGGCCGUGCGAGUGAUAGCAGCAGUGGGAUUAGUGACGAGAGCAACUGGAGUAACGCGACUGGAAGUGCGAAUAAGCCUCACAAAGGAAAUGAUCCGAGGUGGAAUGCUAUACUUGGUGUACGGGCCCGUGAUGGAGUUUUGGGCAUGAGUCAUUUCAAGCUGCUGAGGAGGCUCGGGUGUGGGGAUAUUGGGAGCGUGUAUUUGUCUGAGCUGAGUGUGAGCAGGUGCUUGUUUGCUAUGAAGGUUAUGGAUAAGGCUUCGCUCGCGAGUAGGAACAAGCUUAAUCGGGCCCAGACGGAGAGGGAGAUUCUGCAGUUGUUGGAUCACCCGUUUUUGCCGACUCUGUAUACACAUUUUGAGACUGACAGGUUUACGUGCCUUGUCAUGGAGUACUGUCCAGGUGGCGACCUGCACACGUUGAGGCAGAGGCAGCCCGGGAGACAUUUUUCGGAAUAUGCCACACGGUUUUACGCGGCCGAAGUUCUCCUAGCAUUAGAGUACCUUCACAUGUUAGGAGUCGUGUACCGCGACCUGAAACCCGAAAACGUGCUCGUCCGAGACGACGGCCACAUAAUGCUCUCAGACUUCGACCUCUCCCUCAGAUGCGCAGUCUCUCCCACCCUAAUCCGAAACUCCGCCUUCAAUCCCGAGCACAAAUCUGCCUUCUGCGUGCAGCCCACGUGCAUCGAACCUGCAUCCGCAUGCAUCCAGCCAUCCUGCUUUCUAUUCCCCUCCAAGAGCAAGAAAAAGCCCGGAAAAUCACUGGCCCAAGGCCCGGAGCUCGUGGCCGAGCCCAACGCGCGCUCCAUGUCGUUUGUCGGGACUCACGAGUACUUAGCUCCCGAGAUUAUCAAAGGAGAGGGCCAUGGGAGUGCGGUGGACUGGUGGACGUUCGGAAUUUUCUUGUACGAGCUUUUGUACGGGAAAACGCCGUUUAAGGGGUCGGAAAAUCGGAAGACGCUUUUCAAUGUGGUUGGGGAGCAGCUGAAGUUUCCGGAUUCACCCUCGACUAGCUACGCGAGCAGGGAUCUUAUCCGGGGGCUGCUCGUGAAGGAGCCGCAGAAUAGGGUGGGGAUGAAGAGGGGGGCGAGUGAGAUAAAGCAGCACGCGUUUUUUAAAGGGGUGAAUUGGGCUCUGAUCAGGUGCAGCACGCCUCCCGAGGUGCCUAGGCCCGUCGAGGCUGACUGGGCCGGGAANUAUUUGAGGGCUGUAUGAGGAUUUCAUUGAUCUUUUGUUGAUGG